AUGCCCUUUGGCCUAAAGAAUGCAGGUGCGACAUAUCAAAGGCUAAUGGACAAGGUAUUCCAACAACAGAUAGGCCGCAAUAUGGAGGUCUAUGUAGAUGACAUGGUAGCAAAAACACCUAUGCAGGGGUCACACUGUGACGACUUAAUAGAAAUCUUCAGACAACUCCGAGCAUAUAACAUGAGACUCAAUCCAGACAAAUGUGAGUUCGGAGUACAAGGAGGGAAGUUCCUGGGAUUCAUGUUAACAUCUCGAGGCAUCGAGGCCAACCCAGAAAAGUGCAAGGCCGUACUGAACAUGACAAGCCCAAAAACAACAUUCUCUAAAGGCAAGAAGUUCAACUGGACAGACGAAUGUGAGAACGCUUUUUCCGAACUUAAACAACACCUCACAACACCACCAAUCCUCCAAAGACCAGAGACAGGUAAGCCGCUGUAUUUAUACCUAUCAGUAUCCAACCAUGCUGUAAGCUCGGUUUUAGUAACAGAAACAGGAAGAAAGCAAAGCCCAGUAUACUUCAUCAGUAGGGUGCUACAACCAACAGAAACAAGGUACCCGAAGAUAGAACAACUGGCGGUAGCACUAAUUACCACAGCAAGAAGACUGCGGCACUAUUUUCAGAGCCACACAAUCAUAGUACGAACAGACCAACCGCUGAGGCAGAUAUUAACCAGACCCGAGCUCGCCGGCAGAUUGAUAAAGUGGUCGGUUGAGCUCUCCGAGUUCGACAUCCAAUACGAACCAAGGAAAACACUGAAGUCACAGGUGCUAGCCGACUUUAUAUCAGAGAUGACUAAAGACACACAUAAUAGAGAGGUCAGUUGGAGCAUACAUGUGGAUGGAGCGUCAAACAAAGAAGGCAGUGGCGCAGGGAUACUACUAAAAGAAGGAGACAAGGUGGUGGCCGAGCAGUCACUACAGUUCCGCUUCAACGCAAGCAACAAUCAGGCAGAAUAUGAGGCCCUACUUGCUGGACUAAAGCUCGCCCUACAGCUACAAAUACCUCGAAUAACAGCCUACUGCGACUCUUCCUUAGUGGUACAUCAAAUAAAGGGCGAAUUUCAGGUAAAAGAUCCUUUGUUAGAGAAAUAUUGGCUCAUAACAAAGGAUCUAAUUUCAAAAUUUAAAGAAUUUGAUAUUAUCCAUGUAAACCGAGAACAAAACACCAGGGCCGAUGUGUUAUCUAAGUUAGCCACAACACAGCAAGCCGAAAACACAUCGGCACUGUCCCAGCUAACACUUGACAAACCAAGUUUUGAGCAAGAAACAAUUUUAAGUAUUACACAGGCCUCAGAUUGGCGAACACCUUUUUUCGAUUACAUCAAUACAGGCACCAUUCUAAAAGGUGAGCCGAACUUGCCGCUCUUUAGAAGAAGAGCAAGCUUCUAUACAGUGCUCGGAAACACCUUAUACAGGCGAGGACAUUCACAACCAUUGCUCAAGUGCAUCAGCAAAGAGGAAGCCGAGGAGGUUAUGGCUGAAACCCAUGAAGGAGUCUGUGGCAACCAUAUCGGCGGCCGAGCAUUAGCAACGAAGAUCUUGCGAACAGGAUACUAUUGGCCGACGGUAAAACGGGACUGCAUCACAAAAGUUAAAGCAUGUGAUAAUUGUCAAAAGCAUGCCACCCUCUCAGAGACCCCAGCCGAGGAGCUCCAUACCAUAGAGGUAAGCUGGCCUUUCGAUAGGUGGGGAUUGGAUAUCCUCGGACCCUUUCCGAAAGCGCCAGGCCAGGUAAAGUUCCUCUUAGUAUCAAUUGAUUAUUUCUCCAAGUGGAUAGAAGCACAACCACUAGCACACAUAACAGCAGAAAAAGUGCGAUCCUUUAUAUGGAAAAAUAUCAUAUGCAGAUACGGUAUCCCACGAGAGAUAAUCUCGGAUAACGGGAGACAAUUUACAGAUCAUAAGCUCGCCACUUUUCUGACAAAUUUUAACAUCAAACAUCACUUCAGCUCAGUAGACCACCCGCAAACGAACGGACAAGUUGAAUCAGCUAACAGAAUUAUCUUGCAGGGAUUAAAGAAAAAACUCGGCGAAGCUAAAGGGGAGUGGGCCGACCUCAUUCCAGAAAUUCUAUGGAGUUACAACACCAGCAUCCAAUCUGCCACAGGGGAAACUCCCUUCAAAUUGUUAGCAUACAUUUCAGUUAGAAAACACUUCAAACUAUCCGAGCAUAAUCCUCGGAACCCUAAACAUCACGAGCCGAGCAUAUUCCUCGGGAAACUACCAGCAUAA